UUGAAAAUGGAGAAGAAGGAGGUAGAUCAAGAGUCUAGUAGGAAGAUUGAGCAGGAGUGGGAUCAGAUGGCAGAGUUUUUUCAGAGUGGCUGAGGUAAAUACUUGUCAAGGAGCAAUGAUUCUUUAUCAUCAAACUCUUGCGGAUAAAUGCAAUAAAAUACUUGAGGUUGGAGUUGGAACUGGUAGGAGUUCUCAAAUGUUUACACAGAGUUUCAUGAAACAAGGAGCUAUUUAUAUCAACACUGACAUCAGUGAGAAGAUGAUUGAGAUUUUUAAAAAGAACUUAAGCGUAACAGGAUAUGAUGCUGAAUAUCAAGAUACAUACACAGAGAUCUUGCCUGAAGAUGAUAAAAAGAAGAUUGCUAUACUCAAAGCUAAUAAUGAAGAGCUACCUUUUCCAGACGAAGAGUUCGAUUGCUACAUAUCUAACCUGUCUUUACAUAUUGUGAAUAAUCAUCACAACCAACUUUUGGAAGCAUACAGAGUGCUCAAGCCAGAAUCAAAGGCUGGAUUCACAGUAUGGGGCGAUAGAUCAAGAUGUAGAUGUUUUACAUUUCUUGAAGAAUCUUUGAAAAAGCAUGGCUAUGAUUAUAGCCUAGACCCUUCUAUUGCAAAAUCAUUUGAAAUAAGUGAUCCUGUGCAAUUAAGAAAGGAUACUCUUGCUGCGGGAUUUAAGAUCUGCAAAACAUUUGUUGUAAAUCUUCCAUUUGCGUCAAAAAACCCAGAAGAUUUCCUUAAUUUUAUGGUCAAAGGAAGCUUUGAUAUGUAUGCUGAAGAGAAAGAUUUUGAUGAUGCCACAAAAGAAGAUCUUUGGAACAAGGUUAGUAUAGAUUUUGAUACCCAGUUCGGCCCAGACUCACCAGAAAUCCCAGAUUUUGAACAAAUCGUAAUCAUCGCAACAAAAUAAUCCUCCAUUACUACUUCAAUAUAAAC